GUCACCUAGGGUACAAGGAAUGGAAACUUUCACCACCAACAGCAUUUGCUAGCAACUUCCCUCUCUGUGGUUUCUCUCUGUCAUUCCCUUGAUAAAAGAACCCGCACUGUGCAAAUGUAACCAACAUUCACGAAUGUCACUGUCACGUAGCAGCGCCCGCCUUUCAAGAAGCGAGCUGCCUGAAAACAUGAUGCGCCAUGGACUCUGAACUGGGCCACCCCUCACCCGGAGGGCUGGGCGCGUGGCUGACUCUCCGUGUGUACCCCCUGUGCCGUAGGCUUCGAGCGUCUUCGACAGCCCGGGGACUGAUCGGAAUGGGAAACAGCGUGCGAUCUAGCCCACCGCCUCCCGAGAGGCCUGUGCCCUGCCCAGACGGACUGGACAGUGACUUCCUGGCUGUGCUGAGCGACUACCCAUCCCCUGACAUCAGCCCCCCAAUAUUCCGCUGCGGGGAGAAACUACGUGUGAUUUCUGAUGAAGGGGGCUGGUGGAAGGCCAUCUCCCUUAGCACUGGUCGAGAGAGUUAUAUUCCUGGAAUAUGUGUGGCCAGAGUUUACCACGGCUGGCUGUUCGAAGGGCUCGGCAGAGACAAGGCCGAGGAGCUGCUGCAGCUGCCAGACACAAAGAUUGGCUCCUUCAUGAUCAGAGAGAGCGAGACGAAGAAAGGCCUCUACUCCCUCUCCGUGAGACACAGGCAGGUCAAGCACUACCGCAUCUUCCGACUGCCAAACAACUGGUAUUACAUCUCCCCGAGGCUCACCUUCCAGUGCCUGGAGGACCUGGUGAACCACUAUUCCGAGGUGGCCGAUGGCCUCUGCUGUGUGCUGACCACACCGUGCCUCACUCAGAGCACGGCCACCCCGGCAGUGAGGGCCCCCGACUCGCCUGUUGCCUUGCGUCAGAAGACCUUUGACUGGAGGAGAAUGUCCAGGCUGCGGGAGGACCCCGAGGGAGCAGGAAACCCCCUCGUUGUGGACGAGUCGCUGUUCAGCUACGGCCUCCGGGAAAGCAUCGCCUCCUACUUGUCGCUGACGAGCAGUGACAGCGCUCCCUUGGAUAGGAAGAAGAAAAGCCUGUCCCUGAUGUACAGUGGGAGCAAAAGGAAGAGCUCCCUGUUCCCGUCGCAGCCGUACUUCGAAGACUAGCCAGGAGCACACGCCACGGCGCGCGCCCCGAAGGAGCAGAGGUUCCCGCCAUCGCCUGGGAUCUUGCAGAAAGGUGUGGCUCCCUGGCCCCGGAGGAACCUCACGCCUUCCGGGAGCCGAGGGAAGCCACGCGAGACUUGGACUCGCAUCUUCUCUACCCAUAUCAUGACAAAGGGAGCCCCGCCUGGUGUCUGCUCGGGACAUCGCGACAUGGCGACUGGCGCUGUGGACAGGCACUGUUUCAGAAGGGUCUUGCUUGUAUGUUAUGCGUGUGCUCGUCGCGUUUGUGGGAAAGACGGACACAGGACGUGCCCAGGGACCACCCUCGCGCAAACCGUCCAGAUGGUCGCGCUCCGAGCUCGUUGGAGAAAACCUCUGAAUGAGGAGAUGAGCCAAAAGCCGCGUGCUGGCGGAGGGUCUGGGUUUGCAAACUGGUCCCCUGCGUGGAACUUUAAAACUAAUCCACGAAGAGACCUUCCUUCGGUGUGCAUCUCCUCUCUUUAAGAGAACUCGGUGACACUAAACAUUCAACCUUCCUAAUUAGUCCUGAAUCAGGAGAUCUCUUUGCCCUGCCGGGCCCAAAGCCAUAGGCGCAAAAGUCAGUUGGCCUCUCUACUUCUGCAGGGGGCAGGGCAAAUGGACUGGGGGAGGUGGUGGGGAGGAGGCUGCUGGCCGGGAAGCACAAGGCUGGGCUUGGAACUGUGCAAGCUUUCACUAUGUCCUCAGCACAGCUUUGCAGCACAGAAAAAGCUUCUGUGGCAUGCUGAGAUUCUCACCCAUAUUAAUACACCAACUAUUCAUUUAUGACUGCCCGAAGAGACACUGUUUAAGUCCUGUUAAGGUGUCAGAUCAAGAGAAAAGAUAAAAGAUAAAAAGAUAAAUAAGCCCCGGGCCUCAGCAGAGGUGCUCACAGUGUAGACAGGGAGAAAAGUCUAAAAACAAAUAGUGUGCACGUGGGAUGUACAAGCAGAAAUCAGCUCACGGCUGCAGGUGGGACUGGGGUCAGGUAAGGGCACCCAGGACCUGCCGUUUUAGCUGGACCUUCAGAGAGUGCAAGUGCCACCUGGACUGAAGAGGUCAGAAUGGUCACAUUUUUUAAAAAAAAGGAAAUUGAUGAGUUCUGAAGAAUUUAUUCAUCCAGUGUUUUAUUCUAAGAGGGGUCUGGUGGCCACAUGAGUAAAAGCUCUGGGCUCCAGGAAAGAUGGAGUCACAGUGGCUUAACCCUGUCUUACAUGAUUUUAAGCGAGGAGAGAGAAACACAGGCAAGACCUGGAGAAGGAGAAGCACUUCUCUGCAGACCGCCCAUCCGCAUGGAGUUAGGAAGGGGGCUGCGGAUGAAGCCGUGACUCCUUUUCCCCUGUUGCAAGGAGAUCCGGGAGCACGAUGGGCACGUGCAGUAUGUCUCCCUGCCCGACAGCACACGCGUUCCGCAGAUCUGAGCCCCCUGUGCUCGCCGUCUGUGUAUAUGCAUUUACAGGAUCUUCUGUAUCAUCGGAUUCCGGCGUGUUUAUACAAGCAGACAUUUGUGGUUUCCUCAACAAUCCCAAAAGGCUGUUUCAAAGGGACCAGCCAAUGUACGGGAAAUGAAUAUAACACUGUGCACGCUGACUUCCGCCACAAGGCUGGGUGACCUCGCAUACUCCAGAUGUUCGUACGGUGUCUUACGCGUUGUUUUCCGUUGUGACUAAUGGGGUUGGAAUGUGUAGGGAGGAUUUGGAAGGGUCUCUCAGUGGGAAGCAUUACGUUUUGCUAAAUCAUGUAUUUAUUCCUGAUUAAAAUAAACUUAAUAAAUAUUUAACCCCUGGAA